UCAUCGUAUAUCGCGAGGUGAACAAUUGCGGGCAGCUCGCACAUGAAUUCGCCUAAGUUCCUCUCGGGUCGGUGGGUCGUUGACUUCCUCUCGGGUCGGUGGAGCCAUUGACCUCAGCUGAGAAUGCCAAUGGGCUUUUGACCAUGUAUGCAGGCUUUGCUAGCAAUCGAACCACACACAGCAGCCUCGGAGCACAAACCCCACCUCACCAGGCACUCAAAACUGUAGCUCUUGUGUUUUCCUUUGAAGCUAGUACUUUUGCUCCAGGCAAGAAAGCUGUUAUAUAAAUCAGUAUUGGAAAAGGAGCUCUGGAAGCAUUUGCCGUACCACUGGUUUCGGGGCCAGCUGCAUCGGCGAGUGGGGCAGGAGCCCAGAGCAGAGACAUUCGACGUCAGUUCCGCGCUCACCGAGCACUCACAUACUAACAAGCAAAAGCCUGACCGUGACCAGAUACUGCCUCCCUGCACCUUCGCAAGACAAACACAUCUGACAUUCACUUGAGCGCUGUUGUGACGCUUAGACCCCAGCGACCGGUUAGUGCUUGUCUAGCGAUACUCUAGGUAGUCACGAUGAAGCGAUUCAGAGAAGACGCGCAGCCGGCGGGCCCUGUUAAGCGCCCUAGCGCUCCGCCUCGCCCGGCGGGCCCCCCGCAACCUAUAGCGAUGGCCGGCACUAAGCUCACCACCAAUGACGCUUUGAGCUACCUUCGUGAAGUAAAGAACCGGUUUGCGGACCAAAAGGAUGUCUACGAUACCUUCCUGGAGAUCAUGAAGGAGUUCAAGGCGGCCAGGAUUGACACCACCGGUGUUAUCCACAAGGUCAAGCAGCUGUUCAAGGGGCACCGGGAGCUCAUUCUGGGCUUCAACACCUUCCUGCCACGGGGAUAUGAGAUUGAGCUGGCGCGCAUUUCAGAUGAUGAGGAGGAGGAUGACCAGGGAAAGCAGCCGGUGGAGUUUGACCAGGCAAUCAACUACGUCAACAAGAUUAAGACGCGCUUUGCAAACGAUGAGCGCGUGUACAAGGCGUUCUUGGAGAUCCUCAACAUGUAUCGCAAGGGUCAGAAGACCAUUAACCAGGUCUACGAUGAGGUGGCCAUCCUGUUCCGCAGCCACCAGGACCUGCUUGAGGAGUUCACCUACUUCCUGCCGGACGGCACGCAGUCAGGCCUGGCGGCGCGCCAGCGCGCGGGCUUCCCUCCGCCGCGGCGGCCAGGCCAGGGCCCGCUGCCGCCCCCUCCGGGUCGGAUGCGGGUGCCGCCGCAGGGCGCCAUGUAUGCGGCCGGUCCCAUGAGCCCGGACAUGCGCAACCUGCACCACAAGCGGAAAACCAAGAUGGAGGGCGGAUACCGUCGGGACGAGGAAGACGACGACAUGGGCCGCGGCCGGCCGCAGCUGGCUAAGGAGCUGUCAUACUUUGAGCGCGCCAAGCAGCGCCUGCGCAACAAGGACGCGUACAACGACAUGCUCAAGUGCCUCAGCAUGUACACGCAGGAGAUUAUCAGCCGCCAGGAGCUGCUGCAGCUGCUCAACGACAUUAUCGGCCGCUUCCCGGACCUCAUGUCCGGGUUCCAUGAGUUCAUGGCCAAGUGCGACCUCAUGGAGAUCGACGAGAACAAGGUGCGCGGCCUGGCGGCGCAGAACCUGCAGCGCCAGCGCCAGCGCGAGGAGGAGCUGCAGCGGCAGAAGUACCUCACCAAGCCGCUCAGCGAGAUCGUUUCGGGCGACACGGAGCGCGUGACGCCGUCGUACGUGAAGAUGCCGCCCGGCUACCCGCACCUGGUGUCCACCGGCCGCACGCCGCUGGCAGACAGCGUGCUGAACUCGGAGUUUGUGAACGUCAUCACGGGCAGCGAGGACUACUCAUUUAAGCUGAUGCGGAAGAACCAGUACGAGGAGUCGCUCUUCAGGUGCGAGGACGACCGCUACGAGUUUGAGAUGGCCAUCGAGCGCAACACGGCCUGCCUCAAGCGCCUCAAGCCCCUGGCGCUCGCGAUCCAGAAGAUGAGCCCGGAUGAGCGCGCCGUCUUCAAGCUGGAUGAGGGGCUGCUGGGGCCGGUGCACUGGCGCUCCAUUGAGCGCCUCUACGCCGACCAGGGCCCCAUGCUGGUGGAGCUGUUGAAGCGCAACCCGGUGGUGGCCAUCCCCGUGGUGGUGGCGCGCCUGGAGCAGAAGGACGAGGAGUGGCGUCGCGUGCGUAUGGAGAUGACGCGCGUGUGGAAGCGCAUCUACGAGGCCAACUACCACAAGUCGCUGGACCACCGCUCCUUCUACUUCAAGCAGGCGGAGAAGCGGGCGCUGCUGCCCAAGACACUGGUGGCGGAGGUGCGCGAGGCGGCGGAGCGGCGGCGGCAGGACGAGCGCUCGCUGCGCGCGCUCAGCCUGGCCUACCGCUACGACGCUGUGCUGGACGCCUCCGCUGCCGACCUCAGCUACGACUACACGGAAAAGCUGGUGUUUGGCGACAUCUACCGCAUCUUGCGCACCGCCGUGGACGAGUCGCUGAGCAGCGGCACUCGCGAGCAGGUGCUGGAGCUGUACCUGGACAUGCUGGAGCCCUUCUUCGGACUGGAGCCCCGCGCCGCGGAGCUGGAGGCGGUGCGCCUGGCGGCGGCCGAGCUGAGCGAGGAUGACGGCGACGCCACCGGAACGCGGCCGGCGGGGCCGAUCGGCGGCGGCGGACGUGGCGGGCGCGGCGGGCGCGGGCGCGGCGGGCAUCGGCACCACCACCACCACCGGCAGCAGCAGGCGGCAGCGGCGGCGGCGGCCAUGAACGACGGCAGCGCGGGCGGUGGUGACGGGGACGGGGAUGCCAAGAGCGAGAGCAGUGACCAGGAGGGCACGAAGAACCGGGGCGACGAGGAGAUGACGGACAUGGAGAACAAGACUCCUCAGCCGGGCACGACUCCGGAGCCGCGGCCGGCCGGCGACGACGCGGGUGCCAGCGGCAAGGACGGCAACGUGGGUGUUAGUGACAAGGAGGGUGACGAGGAGGACACGUCCGCGGACGGCGGCCGCCACGCGGAGGACAGCGCUGGCGCAGCGGAUGCUGCCGGCUCGCGGAGGGCCUCGGAGCGGCUGGACCGUGCAUUUGCGGCGUGCAAGCCCGUCGCUGCGUUCACCGGCGGGCCGUCGCCAAGCGACGUGCCGAGCGGCCACCGCCUGCUCUUCGGCAACGAGAACAUGUACAUCUUCUACCGCUACCACCGCAUCCUCUUCGACCGCCUCUGCACCGCGCGGCGCUGCGUGCAGGCCAAGUGCAACGCCGCCGCCACCAACAUAGUGCGGCAGGCGCAGACGGAGGGCAUCCUGGGCGGCGCCGUCACGCCCGAGCCGCCCAGCGCGCAGGCCACCGCGGCCGCGUUCGAGGAGCUGCAUGGGCAGUUCAUGUCCAUGCUGCUGCGCGUGAUGCGCGGGCAGCUGGAGAGCAGCGUGUACGAGGACCAGUGCCGCAGCCUGCUGGGCACCGGCAGCUACGAGCUGUUCACGCUCGACAAGCUGAGCGCCAAGAUCGUGAAGCACAUGCAGUUCAUGCUGCAGGACGAGUCCACCACCAAGUUGUGGGAGCUGUACAAGUACGAGCGCGCGCGCACCGUGCCCAUCAACACCACCUUGUACCACGUCAACUGCCACGCGGUGCUGACGGACGACCCCUGCUUCCGCAUCGCCUACAACACCGCCACCAGCAACCUCACCAUCACACUGGUGGAGCCGGACAAGGCGCCCGAGGCGCUGGGCAACGCCAUGGAGGGCUACGUCACCGACUACAUCAAGGCUUACGUGAGCGCGCCCACGCCCACGCCGCCCGCGGACUGCCAGCUCUACCUGCGCCGCAACCUGUCGCAGCGCGCGCGGCAGGGUCCUGACGCGGAGCUGGUGGAGGUUCUGCGCUCCGUGGCCAUCUUCAACGGCCUGGAGUGCAAGAUCAGCUGCACCACCAGCAAGGUGUCUUACGUGCUGGACACGGAAGACGUGAUGUGCCGCAAGCUGUCGUUGCGGCGGCCGGAGCCAGACAGCCAGAAGCAGCUGCGCUCGGACCGCUUCACACGCUGGCUGGAGGAGCGCACCUCCAUCCGCAGCGAUGAGGUGGAGGCGCUGGUGGCGCUUGGGGCGGGCAACGUCGCCCAGGCGUAACAGCAGCCGUAGUGGCGACGCUGGCGGCGGAGACCGACAAAGCAUAGGCUUGGUUGGGCAGGCAGGUCAGGCAGGAUGCAUAGGCGGCGCAACCGCACGUGUCCUUGUGCGCAAUGGCGUUCAGGGAGGCAUGUGUGUUUGUGGUAUUAGGUCGGAUUGAGGGGCAGCGCUUGGCUGUGGGACAGCCCGUGGCCCAGCCAGUUGACCUACCGUAGAUUAUGACAGCGCUAAAACUCGGAUCCAUUGCUCCGGGCGACGCGGCUUCGGGCUGGCAGAUGCCCGCACCAGACACACGGGGAGUUUUAUUCAAUUAUGAUAUCAGCGGCGCGCUUGUUGGCGCAGAAGGCUUGGCCGUGCUUGGAGGCGGAAGCCCAUACCGCUGCUCCCAUCUACAUGACCUGCGUGUUGUUGUGACACGCACUCCAAGCGUGCAAAGACUGGGGCAGACUAGCUGGUUAGGGCAAAAUUGUCAUGAAGAUUUCGUUUGUGUGUGUCUGUGUGGACCUGGUAUAGGCAAGCUUCCGCAGAGAUGUAGGUCAGGACCAGAGCCUACAACAUUGUAAGGCCAUGUAUCC